ACUCACAUUUACGUAUUUUCCUGGUUGUAGGACGUCACAGAAUCCAGGAAGUAAAUGAUAAGGAUGUAAACAAACUAAGGAUGACUUUGCCUUUUGCCUUUAUCUUUGAAUUUAAGCUGUAUAUCGAGUAUUGUGAGCUGACAUGUUAAAAUGAUUACCCUGUGCGUUAGGUAAAUUGUUUCAACCUUAUGUGUAUUGCUUUAAUUAAACGUUUGGAACGGGGCCAUUACUUCACGCUGCCUUGUCGUCAUGGAAACUGUGAUAGUCGUAUUUUCAUGAUUGUAUUAUGAGGAUGCUAUAAAAAGACAUGUCUCGUGCUCAAGUGAGGGGCAGCGUCAUUCAGGGAUUCAGACAGUAAUCGUGUCGUCAGAUAGAAACAUUACAAAAAUGAUCAGACGCACGUUUCGACCAGCUGCACGUGCCGUUUCUCCCGGUCUGCGCUUCCUAUCUGACACUACCGGAGGAGGAACAAUUGUUGAACCGUCAGGCUCUGCAGAUCUCAUCAAGCAGGCGUCUCUCUACGUACACUGGCCUUACUGUCUCAGGAGGUGUUCCUACUGCAACUUCAACAAGUACAUACCCAGAGAAAACAAAAAUGAUCUAAUGACUGAGUGCCUUCAGAGAGAGACCGAAACACUGCUGCACCUUAGUAACGUGUCCUGCAUCUCCUCAGUAUUUUUUGGUGGUGGGACUCCAAGCCUGGCUCACCCUUCAACCAUCGCUGCAAUCCUGGACACUGUUUCCAGACAGGUGAAACUCUCAGAGAGAGCUGAGGUCACACUUGAAGUUAACCCCACUCCUGAGGGGAUGUCAAAGUUAGAGGACUAUUGUCGUGCAGGGGUCAACCGUUUCUCCAUUGGUGUCCAGUCUCUACAGAAUGAGGAUUUGAAAAUUCUAGGAAGAGACCACAGUUCGCAGCAGGCUUUAAAAACCAUUGAGGAGGCCAGGAGGCUGUGCCCUGGGAGGGUGUCUGUGGAUGUCAUGUUUGGACGGCCCAAACAGACCAUUGAAUCCUGGGAGAAUGAGUUGUCCGAGCUGCUUAAGGUGUGCGACGACCAUGUGUCUCUGUACCAGCUGACCUUAGAGAGAGGCACCCAGCUGUAACAGGUACAACAAGGACAGGUGUCCGUGCCAGCUGAUGAUGUGACUGCAGAGAUGUACCAGUGUGCCAGGAGGACCCUCCAACAGCAUGGCUUUCUGCAGUAUGAGGUGUCGAACUUUGCAAGACAUAAUGCAGUGAGUCAUCACAAUCUGAGCUACUGGAAGGGGAGACAAUACAGUGGAGUUGGCCCAGGGGCCCACGGGAGGUUUGUUCUUCCAGGAGAGGGAAAUAUCACACGGGAGGCGACCCAGACUCUGGAGCCUGACGUGUGGAUGUGUGAAGCACAGAGGGGACAUGGGACACGUAGGCGGAUUCAGCUCAGCCAUCUUGAACUUUUGGAGGAGGUGUUAGUGAUGGGAAUGAGAAUGAGGGAGGGUAUUCAUCACAAGCAUUGGGGGAGUUGUUUAGGUCCUGAACUGGGUCUGUUUGAAAUCUUCGGUACAUCCAUCGAAGUCCAGGAGAAUCUACAGAGUGAAAGCUUAUUCUGAUGAGACAGAGGUCUGCGUUGCUCCUGGGACGGAAUGGCUUUACUGGACAGCAUGCUGCCGGCUCUACUGGUGGAGCUGGAAAGACAAAUUAGUCCAAGACUAGGAAGGACGAUCACACAGAAACCAAGGCCACUCGGAAUACACAGCUCAUAUAACAGCCCCUGUGGUCAAUCUGAAGAGUGAGUGGGCUGAAGUGCAGAGUACGGUAAAGAAAGGUGUUUUACUAGUGCUACAGGAUAUAAAUAGAACUUCAGCUGAGCUGCAGAGCAGUUAAGUCAGAGCGGAGUGUGGGCUCUCUCCAUGGUGCUGAUUUCACUGAGUUCAGUGUGCCUCUCACCUCCUCCUCAUUAAAAAACGAUGCUCUUCCUCUUUGUUUCCUGCUAA